UCUGAAAGACCUCCCGAGGAGUGGAUAUUGGCCAGCCUCUGCCGGCACUUCCACUCUGUACACAAUAGAUCUCUAAGUAAUCUCCCCCGGAUUCUCCAGGCAGGCUUUUGUAAAGCUGUUGGAGCAAAGUGUGGAGGAAGAUCUGGACAUAUCAACAGUGAUGCUUUGCAGCGCAGCUUUUUAGAGUUUUCAUACUCUUCGUUUGAGGAAGACCAACUCUGCUGUGGUGCUCCUUUCACCUGCCCGGCAUGCACACUGGAAAUGUUGGCUGUUUCAGCAGAUGGAAACAGAAAGCUAUACCGCUUUCAUCGAAAAGGAAGGUUGCUCUCUGCUUCAUUGUUUGUAUUGAUUUAUUUCUUUACCCACAUACAGUAUUUGGAUGGUAAACAUGGAUGGAUUUCUCAUUCUUCUUUCUUGCUUAGCUCUGAUGACCCUGCCUUUUUCGAGGGAGUCUUUGUGGCUGAAGACAGAGCAGUGUCUGUAUUUGUUGACACCAUACAGAACGCUGUGAAAAGUACACAUGGAAGAGGCACAUGUGGGGACUCCCAGUGGACAGCAGCGAGGGAGACUUCAAGAAGGGCUUCUAAAUUAGAUGAGGAGGGGAUGGAGGUUGCUGUGUGUCGUCAUGGAUUCCUCCUGAAAGCUCUUAAAGAAAGUUGCCAGUGUCCUGCCUGCUCUACAGGAGCUCACCACCUUCCUCAGUGUGGCAUGCUGGAGCCCAUGCUACCAAGUGUGAGAUUAAAUGGAGUGGUAAGAACCAGGAAGGUGCAGGGACAACAGCUGGUCAGGAGGUGGAGCAAGUCAACAGCUGCCUCUCUCGAUGUGCACGAGUGGAUAUGCUUACCCUGCAUGCAGUGGGGUGGAACCAGAAGAAAAGUCUCUGUCUGCAUAUUACACUUUCCACAAGAUAUGUUAAGUUUCCACAUAACUGCUGAGCAACAACUGGCAAGUGAAAAAACUAAACUGAAGCUUUCUCUACAACUUGGCAUUCUGGUCAUCAGGUUAAAUAAAGACUGGGGGAGUACUUACUCUUUUGUGCCGUUUUCUUCUCAGGCAUAUCCCUCGGUGCCUCUGAAAGAUAAGGAUAAACAUUAGUCAGGACUGUGUUAAUAAAUGUUUAUGUCACAUGUUUAAUUUAUGUUUUCUUUAUAUGUGUAGUGUAGGACAUUUAAAUACAAAUGACAUAAAUGUUACACUAUGUGCCCAACACUUCUGCAGAAGUAAACAGUAAUUGACAAGUACACACAUGAUCUAACAUGCCACAUGGUUUGUUAACCAGAUCCACCUAGGAAGUCACAUCAGGGAACUGUUUGGAAAGGAUAGACACUUUAAAAAGAUGUUUGCAGGUGACUGGAUAAGACACAUGCCAGUCAGCAUCUAUCACAAGGAAACUUGUAAUAACCAAUGAGAUCAAUAAGCCAAUCAGAUCACUGAAUAGCCAAAGAGGAAACACACCAAGAUGCUGAGGAUCUUUAAAAGUUAGCAUGUAACACAAUUUCUGCCAUCUUUUUGAGUAAAAUAUGGACAUAAAAUCUUGUUGUCGUCCCCCAUUAAAAGCUGCUAUUGAUUCAGUUCUGGUGGUGGUGCUAAUUGAUCUGUUGAGUUUCUGAAAAUCUGAAAAAAGAAAAAAGACUCAUACCAUUUUCAGCUUCAAGUCAUUAUUUAAAAUACUGCCAGAUUACAUUAUCCUAUAGAUAUGGCAAUAUGUAUGUUGAAAUAUGUAUUGUACAUGUACUAAAAAGUGUAAACACAUGUACUACAUGUUUACUGUUAUGGAGAUUGAUGUGUUGUUGUGAAACACCUUUAGGUUAGACUAGUUUUAAAAAACCUUGAACAGUUCAUCAAACAACUGAAACAGUAGACCUGCUUUGGUUCAAGAAAACCUCUUCACCUGUUAUUGGUAACUAAUCAAACACUAUGGGUUCAAAAACUUUUAAUCACACAAUUACCUUGCACUUCCAGGGUGCUUGCCGACUCCAUCUUCUCCAAGGUCUGACCUGGAGGACAUGCAGCCUACUCCAUCUCCUCCAAGGCGCCUGCCUGCUCCACCUGCUCUACUUGCUCCUGCACAGGAUUUGCCUGUCCCACUUGCUCUGAGGUUGUGGCCAUCUGCAGUACCUGCCCCUCAGUGUUUUUCUCUCCUUCCAGUUUGUCUGUGUCCUCCAGGGGUGUCAGCUGCAAUGUGACUAUCUGGUCAUCAUCACUGCCUGUUGAAACC